UCCCGCACAGAGAGCUAGCGGGCAGCGCUGGAGCAGUAGCUCUGUCUGCCAUGAAGAUAACGGGGGUUGUCGUGAAGGCGGCUCUGGCCCUUUGGUCCUGCUUGGGUAUUGCCUUUGGAAUUGAGGUUGAUUGCAGCCAAUAUUCCAGCGGCAUUGGCAAGGAUGGGACAUCCUGGGUAGCUUGCCCGAGGAACUUGGAGCCAGUCUGUGGCACCGACGGCACCACGUACAGCAACGAGUGUGGAAUCUGCCUCCACAACAAGAGACACAGGACCAGUGUGGAAAAGGCACAUGAUGGAGAAUGCGAGCUGCAACCUAUUGUGAUCGAUUGCAGCAAGUACCAAAAAACUGUUACAGGUGAUCACAUCAUGGUAGCAUGCCCAAGGAUACUGGAACCAGUCUGUGGCUCAGAUACCCUCACUUACGACAAUGAAUGUGGGAUCUGUGCCUAUAAUGCAGAACAUCACGCCAACAUUAGCAAAAUGCAUGAUGGAGAAUGCAAGCAGAAGGUUGUCCCUGUAAGUGCAGUUGACUGCAGUAAUUACCCAACAGCGGCCACUGAAGAUGGCAAAGUAUUAGUAUCCUGUCCAAGGAUCCUGAGUCCAGUCUGCGGCACAGAUGGCAUUACAUAUGAUAACGAAUGUGGGAUCUGUGCCCACAAUGGAAAACACAGGACCCAUGUUGGCAAAAAGCAUGAUGGAAAAUGCAGACAGGAGACUUCUGAGAUUGAUUGCAGUCAAUACCCAUCAAGAGUGAUUAAGGAUGGUAAAGCCCGGAUACCCUGUCCAAGGAUCCUGCUCCCAGUCUGUGGCACAGAUGGAUUUACUUACGAAAAUGAAUGUGGCAUCUGUGCCCAUAACCUAGAACAUGGGACUGACGUUAAGAAAAAGCACGUGGGAAGAUGCCAUGAGAAAAGUGUUCCCCUUGACUGCAGCACAUACCUGAGCAACACCCAAAGCGGCGAAGCCAGCUCCGCCUGCCCCUUUGUCCUGCGCGAAAUCUGUGGGACAGACGGUGUCACCUACAGCAAUGACUGUGUGCUGUGCGCCCAUAACAUCGAAUUUGGAACCAAUGUUGCCAAGAAGCAUGAUGGAAAGUGCAUAGAGGGAGUUCCCCAACUCAACUGCAGCCAGUACCCAGCUUCCACGAUGGAGGAUGGCAGACAGCUGAUGGCCUGCACAAUGAUCUACGAUCCUGUCUGCGGUACCAAUGGUGUCACUUACGCCAGUGAGUGUACGCUGUGUGCGCACAACCUGGAGCAUGGGACCAGUCUUGGCAAAAGAAAGAAUGGACGCUGUGAAGAAGAUAUUACAAAAGAGCAUUGCAAGGGCUUCGAAGAAGUGUCUCCUGCCUGCACCCUGGAAUAUGUGCCCCACUGUGGCUCUGACGGCGAAGUAUACAGCAACAGAUGUGCUUUCUGCAAUGCCUACCUGGAAAGCAACAGGACUCUCAACCUCAUCAGUAUGACUGAAUGCUAA